GCAACUCUUUCUGUUCUCCAUUCCUUCCUCUCCUCUCUCUCCCUCUUCUCCCCUUCCUGGGACCUGGUCCUGGUCUCUCUCUCUCUCUCUCUCUCUCUCCUCCCUCGCUCAGACCCAACCUUUCCCUUCUUCUACGCUGGCCGGGGGCUGUGUCGUCAGUCAGUAGCGUCUGCCUGCUCCUGAGACUUAAGAGCUCUGCGCCGACUUCGAGUGAUCUUCUUUUCUCUCACUUCGACCUCUCUCUGAGCCCUCUCCAGCUCAGUGGAGUGAGGACAUGUGAGUGAGAGUGUGGAGUCGACGAGAAGAGUAGUAGAGUGCUGGGUUCGGUUCAUUCUCCUCGAGAGAAGCUAGUCAGCCACCAGUACUGGAGUCAGUCUGCCCCGAAACUUGCUCAGAGUCGAAGAAGAAGAAGCUCGGAGCAAAAUCGACAGGAGUGUCGGCUCGUCCUUUACUACUACCACUGUGUCACUGAAAAGCAGCGGUGACAUAAACGUCGAAAACUGUGCGAACUCACUCCCUCUCUCGCUCGCUGCCUUGCCCCCAACGCGUUCGAAUCACAGGAAAAUUUCCGAAAGCGUGCGGGGUGCGUGUGUGGCGAGUUUCUUGACCCCGUGGAUGAAUUCGAAACGCAGGAACGACGAAACCGAAAUACGAAGGAGGAACGAUAUACAUUGUGCACCGAGGCAGGUGUGCGAGGUCGCGUCGCCCCUCGACAGUGAGCCUGCGAGCUCGGCUUAGCUGCGCGAGGUCGACGGGGUCGCGAAUUCACUCGCCUGCUCCUUCUGAGCUGUGACUCGGGUGCGAUUAUCUCCCGGCUGACGGUCGGACCCUCCCUCCCUCCCUCCCUCCCUCCCCAUAGCUCCAGCUGAGCUCGCCUCGGAACCCCCGCUGGCCUCUCGAUAUCAGAUGCUCCGAAAAAUCUAGUCUGCAAUUGUUUGCACCCACGGAUCAUUCCUCGUGUCGCAACAACGUUGAGCCGGAUGUGGGGAGGGGGUUGUGCUGGGCUGCCCUCCCAUUAGCUACGGCGGCACCGGCUGGGCUGGUUGGGUCUCGGAGUUUUGAUUGGUGCGAGCAUCAGCAGGCAGCAGCAGCAUUGUCGCCGCCUCCAUCAUCAUCAUUGUGCAGCACCUCGCACCUUGGCAUUGCCUGACCGACGACCGAGCUGUGACUGCAUGCUACAAGGAGGUACACAUUUCACUCGCCGUCGUGCAGUUUGAGGCAGGAGGGAUAGCUAGAAAGGCGACACAGGGUGACUGAGAAUUCCCGCACAUUUGCUCUCCAGUCGAUCACUCGCAGUCCGAGAAGAAGAAGAAGGUCGAGCGUCAAUUUGCACAAGCUUCAGUGUGGAUGGGCAGUGGGGCUGGCAGCACGGGGGCUAUAGUAGACUAGAGACGCAGGUUGCGACUGGCUUUAUUAUAUGGACUUCUCACACAGCUCCGCUGCAGCCACAGCCGGGCUCACAAGCAGUGCGUUGGGUUUCGGCGAGCGCCCGCUGUCCUCACUGUCGUCGGACCUCACAGACAAUCAUCAUCGCUCACGAAUGCCCAGCCACCACAAUAUGCCUCCUACAUCCGUGGGGUCCAUGUCGCCAGGCCUAAAUCCGCUGAAGCAGUGCCGAUCCGAGAUGGACUUGGAUGGGCGAGGCGGAGGCGAUGACCGUCGAGGUCCCCUCAAGCUCGCUCGUACGGAUUCCUUUUCUUGCCGGCAGUCGGAUCUGAAAAUGCACAUGAGCAGCGGCAGCCCCGGUGCCUCGCUCGUUCGGAGCAACUCAGUCGUCUCGGAUGGGCGCUUGGGAUGCUCACCUACCAACUCUUGCGCCUCAGAUGGCGCCCUGCUCGGCAGCGAUGCAACCGUGGUUUCUGAUUCUCGCCAGCUCAUGCGCUCAGAUUCUGUGGUGUCUGCUCCUGCCUACCCCGGAGCUCAGCAGCCCGGCCGCUCGCCCUUGUCCUACCAUCAUCAGUCCUACCAUUACAAACCUGCUGGAAAUUCUCUGAACAUGGGCCGCGAAGGAGUGGGCCACAUGAGUAUGCAGAACAUUUCCAGCGCUCGCGCGCCCUUCACGACGGGGCAGUGGGCCGAGCUCGAGCACCAGGCCCUCAUUUUCAAGUACAUGAUGGCGGGCGUCAAUGUUCCGCCGGAUCUACUGAAUCCCAUCCGCAAGAGCGUGGCGGCCAUGAACGGGCUGACGCCCGCCUCGCACCACGCCACCAACAUGGGAUGGGGCACAUUCCAUCUGGGAGUGGCGAGCAAUGCAGACCCCGAGCCCGGGCGAUGCCGACGGACGGACGGGAAGAAAUGGCGAUGCUCGCGCGACGUGGUGCCCGAUCAGAAGUACUGCGAGAGACACAUGCACCGAGGGCGACAUCGGUCGAGGAAGCCCACGGACGGGCAAGCCACAUCCACCUCUCCGGCCGCCACGGCCUCGUCGGCCGCAGCGAAUUCGUCGAGCGUGACGACCAACAGAUCGGUUCCGGGGUCCGGGGGCUCGAGCCUGGGCCACAGCAACCUCUCACCCACCAUCUCUGCGUCCUCUCAGCACGGAGGGGGCCAGCAGCAGCAGCAGCAGCAACAACAACAACAGCAGCAGCAGCAGCAACAGCACCAAAGCCUGGGGAUGAAGAGCUUUGGCAGCAAUCACUCGGGCAGCGGGGCCGGGGGGAUUUCCAUCGGCACGUCGGGAACGUCGAAUUCCUCGGGGUCGCAAUUCCAGCUGCCGCUGCAAUCAGCGUCCGGGGCGUCGGCCCUGGGCAAUAAAGAUUACAGGUAUCUGAAUGGGAUGAACAAAUCGGAUUUGGGCAUGGGGCCCGAGCAGAUGCUGUUCUCGGAGACGUCGGGCAGCGCGAGGGGGCUGGGCCAGGAUUCGCCGUCGAUGAGCAAUUUGUCGCGGCUGUCGUCCGUGAACCACUCGUGGCAAGCGCUGUCGAGCAAGGUGCCGCCGGCGCCCCAGCCGAAAUCGGGCAACAGCAGCUCGCUGCUGCACUACACCACGCCCCAAAUGCGGACGCUGCUGGGAGGGCAGGACUUCGGGCUCAUGCCCGAGACGAGCCAGGUGAACAUCAGCAUGCAGCAACAACAACAGCAUUCGUUCCUGAGCAAUGGGUACGGCGCUGUGGAGGCUGUGAGCGUGGUGCGCGAGCCCGAGGGGCAGCCGCUGCGCCAUUUUUUUGAUGACUGGCCGAGGCCGCGGGAUCCGUCGGCGCUCUCGUGGUCGGAUGUGGAAGAGGAGAGGUCCAAUCGCAGCAAUGGCUCCACCACUCAGCUGUCCAUCUCUAUUCCCGUGACUUCUUCAGACUUCCCCACCUCCAAUGCCAGUCCACCGCGAGGCAAGUUAUCUCUCUCACCCUUGAAGCUCUCUAUGUCCAGGGCGGGAGAAGAAGACCAUCUCGGAACUGAUCCCACCCACAUGGGGCUCGGUGUUGGGAUGGGCCUGGGAAUGAAUGAGGAUCGGCACCGGCAGCCCCCUUGGAUUCCCAUCACCUGGGAAACACCUGUGGGUGGGCCUUUAGCAGAAGUGCUGCAGUCCAGCACCCCGCGCGGCGGGGGCAAAAGCUCAUGCCUUAAUUUGCUUUGUGAUGGAUGGGACAGCAGCCCGCGGGACAGCCCACGCAUGGCAUCACCCACCGGCGUCCUACAGAAAGCAACCUUUGGCUCCUUCUCUGAUUCGAGCAGUAGUGGCUCCAGUCCGCGCACUAUCAAGUCUGAGCCCAAUGGGGGGAUAACUUGUGAGCAGAAUCUUCGUUCUAGCUCCGUGCUUGUCACCGGAUCCAGCCACCUCUCCUCGUAGUAGCUCCGACAGGCAGUCACUGUCCACGAAAUUGUCCAAUCUGAUACUUCCGCCUUCAUCAUCAUCAUCAUCACCAAUCAUCAUCAUCUUCACUCGGUGUCCGAUACUACUACUACUACUACUUCUGCUGUGCUUGUACACUCCACUGCUUGCCCAACGAACGCUCGAGCAUGAUCGAGGGUUGGUUGUCGGGCUUGACUCGUUGUUACCUCGACCAGUUCUGCACUCCACACUUUGUCCCCUUCCCCGUUCUGUGUCCCCACGACAGGAGAUCCCUCUCUCUCUCUCUCUCUCUCUCUCUCACUCCGAAAUCCAAAUCUGAGCCGAACAAAUCGACCCAGCAGCAGAUUCGAGUCCCCUCUGUCUGUGUCGCCCUCUGUGUAUAUUCCCCGACCUCGCCGUCCUGGCCAAACUCGAUGUUCUCGCGUGGAUCCUCGCGAAUCCAUGGCAAUCAGUCAGAUCCCGUAGUUUUUCCGAGUGGGUGAGCUACUGCUGAAUGCGCUGGCUUAGAGAAGAGAUUGUGAUAGUCCAGAAAUCGUUUAUCUUCUUCGUUAACUUUUUUUUCCUUCACUUUUUUCGGUCCAAUUUACUUGAUUCAUUGUGUUGCAGAGAGGAGAGGAGAGGAGAGGGGAGGUGCUGGCCGAGAGUGAAGACUGUCUAGGAGUGGAGUGAGCUGAGAUGAGAGGGAAGUAGUGUAACUCGCAGAAGCCAAACUUGUGAAGGCGUUGCUAAUUGGCAACCGUUAUUCCACCAUGUUGGGCCUGCAGGAUCGGGAUGAUCGGGAUGAUGAUGAGUAUCAUGGCCUCCCUUUUCCCCGUGGGUAGUCCGCCAGGACCCUUGAAGCGCAUGUCUGAGAAGAGAUCCAAGGGGGAGAGGGGGCGAGGUGGGGUGAUUGUUACAACCAUGGCCCCAAGGCCAGACAAAUAAUAUCCUUUGGGGCUUCCUUCCCAAGGGCCCAAUGUACACUAUCUUCAAAGCGGUCACUCUGGUCAUGUACUAUUACUUUGUUGAUCAUGUCAAAACAAUUGGAAACCCCAUUCACAUUUGUAUAGACUGCCUCGAAAAUUUUUCUUCUUGCGAAAGUCUGCCUUUCUGUGAGCUGGGAGAUGAUACUCUGUGCUGAUGGUGGGACAAGUGACCGCAACAAAUCAUACACUACACGUGCAGAGUCUCAGCCAGUUUCACAUCGCUGCUGCUGAUGAACUCUUUAGAGACAGAUGGAGAAGAAGAAGAUGGAGAAGAGGUACACUUGUCAGUUACAUGCAUAGAGAUUUUUCCUUAAAUUGUUGUACUAGCUCUUCAUGAAGUCCGCCAUAUGAUGAUCCCGACUCUAGACGACUUGAUGAGUGCAUACCGGCGUAGUGUUCCCCUGAUCACUCAGUCCUUUUAGUAGUUUCUGUUGGGAAGAUGCAACGUAUUGUUGUGCAAGUGCUCGAGCAUUUUGGUAGAUGGCUUCUGUCACUUGCAGAGAUAGACUUCCGAAGUCCUGGUAGCCAGAUUAGGUACAAAACACUGUAAUGAAUCUAUCGUUGGCUUGGCACGCCUCUUUUAAUUCAAGACGGGCCUUCGCCAUUUGGCUACUUUGGCACAGUGUGUUUCCACAAACGCGGCUUGUAUUUUGUUCUGGAGAAAUAAAAUUUGAGAACCCUUGUCUCAUCUUGA